GGUUGUGAGAUAGGAAGUUUCGACGGCCCCCAUCGCAAUCGCCUUCCAUCACCACUGAGACAGAGAGGACCCGACAUGGCCAGCGCAGCAAAUCGACACGCCGACGUUGACGGCGACAAAGCCGGCGCGGACCGCAACCACACAAUUCUCCAAGCAUUCGAGUGGUACACGCCAGGUGGUGGCAAUCACUGGCGCUGGUUGCACGACAAUGCGGAACGGUUUGCAGCAAUGGGCCUGACGGCGCUCUGGCUUCCCCCGCCCACCAAGGCGGCGGGCGAUCAGAGCACGGGCUACGAUAUCUACGAUCUCUGGGACCUGGGCGAGUUUGUCAAGGGCGGAAAGGAGGACGGAGAAAAGCGGACCAAAUACGGAACAAGAGAAGAACUGGAAGCCCUCAUGAAGAAGAUGAGAGAGGUGGGCAUCUCAAUCUACAUCGAUGCGGUCCUCAAUCACAAGGAUGGAGCAGACGAGACAGAGGUCUUUGCGGCACAUCCGGUCGACGAACACGAGCGCAACAAGGACAUUGGCCCCCAGGAGGACAUCGAAGCCUGGACCAAAUUCACCUUUCCAGGACGCAAGGGAAAGUACAGCGAGUUCACCUGGUGCUUCAACCACUUCACCGGCGUUGAUUGGAAUCAGAAGGAGCAGAAGAAGCAGAUUUAUCGAAUCGAAGGCAAUGGCAAGAAAUGGGCAAAGGACGUCAUGAGCGGCGAUGGAGUUGACAACUUUGACUACCUCAUGUGUGCCGACAUCGACCACUCUCAUCCCGACGUGGAAAAGGACCUCAUCGCCUGGGGCAAGUGGAUGCUGCGGACGUUCCCCAUCAGUGGCUUCCGAUUCGAUGCCGUCAAGCACAUGAGUCGCUCCUUUGUGGCCAAAUUCAUUGGCGCCGUUCGUGACGAAGCGCGCAGCAUCGCCAAGGAAAAGGGGCUUGACGUCGACGAAAGUGAAGGGCCCAUUUGCUUCGCCGUGGGCGAGGAGUGGACGCCCGACAUUGGCAAGAUCAACGAAUGGCUUGGACGAUUUGGCGAUGAGCAAUUCAGCCUCUUCGAUGUGCCACUUCACUACAAGUUCAAGGCGGCCGGUGACGCGGGCGAUCAGUUUGACCUGAGGGGACUCCUUGAUAACACACUCUUGUCGUCUCGGCCCAUGGACGCCGUGACUUUCGUUGAGAAUCACGACACGCAGGCUGGCCAAGCUCUCGAAAGCACCGUCUCGCCCACAUUCAAGCCACUGGCCUAUGCGACAAUCCUCCUUCGUCCCGACGGAUACCCCUGCAUCUUUCUCGGCGACCUGGACGGAUGCCACGGCGAGGGAGACUCGCAGCCCUCGGUCCCACCGAUGUCCUCGCUCGACAAGUUUAUUCUUGCCCGCUCCCGCUUCUCGUACGGCGAGCUGCGCGACUACCGCGACCACCCCUCGUGCGUCGGCUGGGUCCGCAUGGGCACCGAGGACAAGGACUUCAAGAACGGGUUGGCCGUCGUCAUGUCUGUUGGCCAGGAAGGGUCCAAGAGGAUGGAAGUGGGCACUCAACACAAGGGAAAGGAGUUCGCCGACCUGCUCGGAUGGCAUCAGGGUACGAUCAAGGUCGAAGACGACGGCUGGGCAGACUUUAAAUGCUCUGGUCAGUCCGUCAGUAUCUGGGUGCUCAAAGAGGAGAAGGAGGCGCUAGACCAGCAAUAGAGGCAAGCGCACAAGUUUUGAGCAUCCGAGAACACAGGAUAGACCGACACAUACGCAGAGAUGUAGCUCUUUGAAGAUCAUUUCGCUUGGUCGAUAGAGAUGUUGAGUGUUUUUAAGCACAACAUUUACGGUGUUCUAGGUAUGAAGUGAAAGAGGACGAUAUGAUGAAGAGACGAUUAGAGAGAUGG